UUUGAAAUUAAUUAUAACCCUGCUUGGUAUUGAAAAAAUAUGGUUUUUUUAGGUGAAAGUGCUUAAUAGGUCAGGAUGUCUCAACAGUCCAUCUUUGGUGAGUGUUACUACAGGGUGGCAGAGAAAAAUAGAGGGAGCGUAUGUUUUUGUUCUGUGGCAGAAAGGCGUUCUCCUGCCUCAGGAUGUUGCCUUUAAAGCUGAAGAAGUGAGCUUCCUGUGGAGGAAACAAUCAUAGAAUGGACAUGGCCUGGCCGAGACACCGUGUUCCCAACAUUUCUUGAGCUCAGGUCACCCAUCUGCAGAGUGUAACGUGACACUUUUGUAGACUCAAACUCUGUCUCAAAGCUUUGAAAGGUUUUUAUUUUCAUGGAUGGAUCCAGGAUGUUUUAAAAUUGUUUUUUUUUUACUUCUGGAUGGAUUUAUGAAAAGUACAACAUGGAUGCAUAAAGCACCCAUUUGGAUUUGGUGAGCAAAUGGCUGUCUCUAAGCUAAGACAUCAUCUCACGUGUCCUAUGUCAGGUGCUUAACCAACAGAGACAUGUCUAAUGACACAUGCAAUCUCCCUCUGGACACGGACAUCUUUGGGCUGACCUGUGUCUAUGGUGUCAUCUUCUCAUUGGGCCUGCCCAGCAACCUGCUGUCUCUCUGGGGCUUGUACCACCUUGGUCGCUCAGGUGGAGGCGGGUGUCAGCUCGUCUACAUCCUCAACUUGCUGCUGUCAGACCUCCUCCAGCUGCUCACCCUGCCACUGUGGAUCAUUUACCUGCAGGGCCCUCACUGUUGGCCCUAUGGCCGACUGACCUGCGAGCUCGUCAGCUAUGUGUUUUACGUGAACGUCUAUGCCAGCGUCAUGUUUCUUUGCCUAAUCGCAAUGGACCGCUGCCUAGCCAUUGUCUACCCACUCAGCAGCCGUAGGGUGCGGACAGUGAAGGUGGCAGCUGUGUUGGGUGUAGCUGUGUGGAUCCUAACCUUCCUCUUCUGCCUGAGUGGGCUGCUGCCGUCUGUGUUUGACUCUGACAGGCUGUUGUGUCUGGAGAAGUAUCCGGUCAGCCCCAGAUAUGCUCACUUUAAGAUCAUUACUGUGGUUUUGGGCUUUCUGCUGCCAUGUUCUAUUCUAGGGUACACCUCAGCACAUAUCGGGCUGACACUACGACGAUCUCCGUCACUCUCCAACCAUGAGCGCUACAAAAUCGUAGGAAUCCUGGUCGUGAUAACUUUCAACUUCAUUGUAGUCUUCGGGCCCUACCACCUGGUAGGCGGAUACAGGUUUGUCUAUCUGCUGCGGACCGAUGAGCCGUGUCUGUUUGAGCAGUCUAUGUUCUACGUCUACCGCAUGUGCUAUGGACUGACCAGCCUCAACACCUUAUUGGAUCCCCUCUUUUAUAUCUUUCUCUGCCCUGAUGCUCGGCUUGAGCUGCAGAGGUCCCUACCCUGUUUGAGAAGAGGACAAAACAACCAUAAAAACAUAACCAUGAGUACCAGAUAUCACCUGGACAACCAGAAGGAGAACUUUGUAACAAUAUAAACUGGAUUAAACAGAUGUAAUGGGAUUUUGAGUCAGAGCAAUGGCGCCAUCUAGUGAAAUAUUUUGUUUUAGUUUGGCUUUUUAAUUACUUAAUUGCUAUUUCAAUUUCCAAAAAAAAACACAGAUAUGCUUCUGCAAAGUACAGAAGACUUUUAAAAGACUGUAAAAAUGUGUGCCUCCAAUAAAUGUAUUUAGACUCCA